AGAAGCAAAGAAUCGUACUCACAAAGAAGCACUUUUUAUUUGUCUCGAGCAAUUGCUUGAAAUAUUACUCAAUUAAUUGCAUCAUAAUUAUUGAGUUCAUAAAACUGGUUUAGUUAAGCUUGAGAAAAUUGUUAAAAUCACCAUGGACUCCUUCCUUAGCCUUUUCGACCCCAAUCAGCCGGAUGACGGAUUCGAUGAGGAACAGGAGCUGAAUGGUAACAGCAGUGGAGGCAGCAGCAGUGAAUACGAAAUUGACGCCAAUGCUAACGAUCUUACAAAUGGUCCGAACAGCAUGAUAAUUAUUGACUUUGAGCAGGGCGCUCUGCCGCCGGAGCCGCAGUUGGGUAACGUGGAGUACAAGCUGAAGCUGGUUAAUCCCUCCAAGCAACGAUUUGAGCAUCUAGUCACACAAAUGAAGUGGCGUCUGCGAGAGGGUCACGGGGAGGCCAUUUAUGAAAUUGGUGUGUCUGAUGCUGGUCAUUUGCAGGGUCUGAGCGACAAAGAAAUGAACGCAACCCUGACAUCGCUGAAGCAAAUGGCCCACAGGUUGGGAGCUAGUACAUCUGUUCUGCGACGCAAGACUAUUGCAGCUCGUCGCUCCGUGGCAGAGGUGCUCGUGCGAAAGAUUCCCGAUGACCAGCACAACAUUGAGGUACGAGUUGCGGUUUUGGGCGGCGCAGAUGCAGGCAAAUCGACGCUACUGGGUGUUCUCACCCAGGAUGAACUGGACAAUGGACAUGGGCGGGCACGCUUGAAUAUGUUUCGACACAUGCACGAAAUUCAAAGCGGACGCACCUCCUGUAUCUCACAUGAAACACUGGGCUUCGAUGCUUUAGGGAAUAUAGUGAAUUACAAGUACAAUGAGAUGAUGACAGCGGAGGAAAUUAGCGACAGAUCCUCCAAGCUGGUGACAUUCAUGGAUCUGGCUGGACAUCGGCGCUAUAUGCGCACCACAGUUCAGGCCUUGUCUGGAUACUCACCACACUAUGCGAUGCUGGUUGUGUCGGCAGGAAGCGGCUGCAACGACACGACAGGGGAGCACUUGGCCAUUGUGCGAGCCUUAGACAUGCCCUUCUUUAUACUGAUCACCAAGACGGACAUCAGUUCGCCGGAUGCGACGGUUCAAGAGUUGCGUCAACUGCUAACCACAAUUGGCUGCCGAAAAGUCCCCUUUGUAGUCUCCAACACGGACGAGGCCAUUUCAGCUGGGUCGAAUCAGGUCUAUGAGAACAUAGUGCCCAUUUUCUGUGUUUCCAAUGUAACGGGUACCGGCUUGAAUCUAGUCACAAAGUUUCUAUACGUGCUUUCACCGGGCAUAAGCAAUGCGGAGAAGGAGCGGCUUGAGCUUGAAUCAUGUGAGUUCCAAGUGGACGAAAUUUUUCGGGUCACCGACGUGGGUCCCGUAGUUGGCGGUUUGUUGGUCCAGGGGGUGCUCACUGAGAACAUGCCUAUGAAGAUUGGGCCCUUGUCUGAUGGUAGCUUUCAUGCUGUCACAGUACACUCCAUACAUCGCAAUAAGGCACCCUGCCGGGUCGUGCGUGCUGGACAAAGUGCAUCGCUUUCCUUUACACCAGACCAGGAGCUGCCUCCAUUGCGCAGCGGCAUGGUGUUGCUUGUCAACUCUAACAACCCCGAUGAUGAACCUUUUGGCACGUACUUUUUCCAAGCCAAAGUCUCUGUGCUGUUCCAUGCUACUGCCAUAUACGUGGGCUUCCAGACUACCGUGCACAUUGGAAGCAUUCGACAGACAGCUGUUAUACGUGGCAUCAUGGGAGGGGAGCGAUUGGGCACAAACGAUUGUGCCUCGGUGAUGUUUGAAUUUGUCGGACAUCCCGAAUAUGUGCGCCCUGGCAUGCGGAUACUCUUCCGUGAAGGCACAAGCAAAGGUAUUGGCGUUGUUACGCAAGUGUUUCCUGUGAACAAGAGUCGAGCCAAAUAGAUAAUAGCCAAUGUGGCGGUUUUUACAUCACAGAAGAGUACCUAGCAUUUCUUCACAGAAACACACCCAAACAUACAAAUGGAAAUACAUACCGGUAUAUAUAUGAUAUAUACUUGGAUAAGGUAGUAUGUAACUUUAAUCUUAAAUCACAUGUGCCAAACGUUUUGCCAGAAUAUUGACAGAUUCAACUGUUACCCAUUUGAGCAGCGUUUAUAAAAGCUCUGAAAUUUAUAGCAUUCAGCUCUUAACGAACAAAUUUGGGACUCUAAAUACGAAUCAUUGAAAAUCAGAAAAAAUCGGAUAAUUAAAUGGUUUAAGAACUGAAUUCUUAACUAUUCUAGUAAUUGUGAUGCAAGAAUAAAUUAAUUAGUUUACAAAAAUCUCUUUUGGCAGUGUUAUAGUCCGAAAGUUUUUGGAUAGAAAUCAAACCAAUACUACUGCUCAAUCGUGUUGCAUAAUUUUCGUUUGAGUUGUGAACAAAACUUCCAACUUUAAAUAAUAGUUCUAUUAAAAAGUUGAGCACAAGUAGUGGUGUAGUUUACGACUCUUUCUGAAGUCUACAUUUGAAAUUAAAAAGGCAAAAUACUUUUCGGCAAAACGAAGAGGCAUGUGUGAAGGUACCUUGAUAAUUAAUACACCGAUAUAUCUCAAUCGUGUACAUAAUUUAAUAAUAGAUUAUGGAAAUCCUCAACUUGGUUUUGAGUUCUGUGAUUUUUGAUUAAGCUCUCCAGAUCACACGUCCUUAUAUUUUAAAUUAAAUUGAACUUAACGAUUUUACUUUUCCUUCUGUUCCAAUGAAAUAAAGAAACAUCAGAAAUAAACAAUCUUCAACAACUACAA